GAAGCUUCUGCGUCUGUUCAGAACAAGCCACAAGGUGUCAAUAAGAUGUUUACCAAGGAUGAGAUACAAGCCAUUGAUAAGUUCAUUGAGGAUUACUGUAUCAUCAACGGGCUUACACGUAAGCAGAUCUGCGAACGUGUUUGGUCCAAUGAGCGUAAGAAAGAUGACUUCUGGGAUCUGCUACACAAAGUUUUGCCGUAUAGAACGAGGGCUUCCGUGUACAAACAUGUGAGAAGAUCUUACCACGUCUUUGAGAACCGUGGUAAAUGGACUUCAGAAGACGACCAGGAGUUGGCUAGGUUGGCUGCUGAGAAGGAUGGUCAGUGGAAGCUCAUUGGAGAAAUCCUUGGAAGAAUGCCAGAAGAUUGUAGGGACAGAUGGAGAAACUACGUGAAAUGUGGAAAGAAUCGUGCACAAAACAAGUGGACGACAGAAGAGGAGGAGAAGUUGAGAACUGUUAUCGAAUCUAUGAUUGCACUACAGACAGAGGCGGGUACCGAGUUGUCACAAGAGCCUGGAAUUAACUGGACAACUGUAAGUGAGGAGAUGGGUGGUGUUCGUUCUAGAAUUCAAUGCAGAUAUAAAUGGAACAAGUUGCUUAGACGUGAGGCACUUGCGAAAGCUCUGUCGAUGAAGUACGAUGAUAGAAUUUGGUUGUUGAACAAAUUGCAAGAGAUUGGUGAGGAACCAAGAACUGAUGAGGACUGGAAUAAAGUGGCGUCACUUCACGAGAAGAACUAUUGGACAGGUAAGGAUAUGAAUCUGUGCUAUGAGAAGAUGCGUGCUAGUAUCAAGGAUUACAAGAAGAAAGAUAUGAAGGAUAUAUGC